GGAUGUUGUAAAGUUUCAACGCAUCCUUCAGUAUGUCCUCCACAACUACCAUCAGGAGGUGAAGAAAGUCAUAGAUGAGGUUUAAGGAGGGGAUGCAGAGAAAAUACCGUCUGGGAGAUGGGUUGUUGACUACCACGGACCUUGAAGCGAUGAACAAAGAGGAUUUUACGACUAUAGGGGCCUUUGUUCAAGAAUUUAAGAAGAGGGCGCGGAAGGUCCAUGGGAUUUCGGAGGAAGCAGAGUGCGCCAUCUUCCUGGGGCUACUCACAACAUUCGAGGCCGUCCAGUUGACGAGACAUGGAGGAGGUAGCACUAAGCUCACCUGGGCCACCAUUGACAGAGGGGUGGAAGCUGGGUGCUUGGACCAGGUGGAACAACGUCAGGUACGCCUGCAAAGACAGAAGAGAAAGCAAAGAGAUGCGACCGCUUCAGGGACCCCGGGAGUAACAAGGAUUGUUACAGACGUAUUGGCACAGCUAGGGUAUGCGGCAGAGCCAGUGGUGCAAAGGAGGGUGGUGACGGCUGUCAAAGUAAAAGGAAAAGAGUCAGUGAUAGAGGAGGUUGGUAAGGAGGAGCUCUGGGAAGAGGAACAGCCGGUGCUGCAGCACCUGACGAAGGUCCAGCGCAAAGAAAGCCUAGACGAGUCAGGCUCGUUGAACCCGGCAGGGAAUGUGGACGAAAUACCCGAGAGCCAGGACGACGAGUUCGAAGAAGGGGAAAUUAAGGAAGUUUUUCGUGCAGAGGAGUACGACGGGAUCUACCUAGAGCUAUGGCUUCUUCUGUCAUGUGAAAUGCGGCUAAGAGAUGCGAGCGAUAGGGGUCAAGGGAUGCCGCAACGCUAUUUAGUGCGAGACGGUCACCUUUUCGUGAGAAGGGAAGUGGGGAAUCCCAGGAGAGUCGUCUGCGGUAGGAAUCGUCAGAUCGACGUCGUAGCAGCGCUUCACGAUGGUAUUGCAGGAGGACAUCGAGGGGUACAAGCCACGUAUGCCAAGAUAAGUGAGCUGUACUAUUGGGAUGAGAUGAUAUAUACGGUCGGAAAGUUCAGCCGAUCUUGCGUACCUUGCCAGGAAAGAUCCCGUUUAAGGCAAGGAGAGCCGCUGCAUCCCAGGCUAGAGCGAGAGGUGGGGGCUGUAGUGCAUCUCGAUCUACUUUUUAUGCCACUUGGGGAUCAAGGCUAUAACUAUAUCUUCGAUGCCCGCGAUAAACUGUCUGGGUUUGUAGACGGGCGUGCCAUUGGCACAAAGACCGGGUCAGCCCUGGUGAGCUGCAUCGAGGAAUACUACCUACGUUAUCCUUUCGUCAGGGAAUUCGUAAUGGACAGGGGAUCAGAGUUUCCCUGCAAGGAGGUGCAAGAACUGUUAUCAAGGGCCGAGGACGACGGGCUGUCAUCUCACCAGCUGAAGCCGCCAAGAGAAGAGCUGGCCGGCUGCGAACUUGAAGAUUGACCGGCUUGCCCCGCAACCUGUGGGAGCCCACCCGU